AUGUCUACAGUUUCAGACCCUAAAAAGAACAACUCAUUCGUACUCCAAAAGAUAGAUGACAUCUCAUUUGAGGACAGACCCGUGCCUAUUGCUGGUCCAGGUCAAGUCGUUGUCAAUAUCAAGGCUACUGGUAUCUGCGGCUCAGAUGUUCAUUACUGGACCCAUGGUCGCAUUGGCCAUUUCGUAUGCAAUGGUCCCAUGGUGUUGGGCCACGAAUCUGCUGGUAUUGUCGCUUCUCUUGGUGAAGGUGUCACUGAUCUCAAGGUAGGCGAUCGUGUUGCUCUUGAGCCUGGUGUGCCUUGCGGUCGUUGCGAGAUGUGCAAGAUUGGCAAAUACAACCUGUGUCCUGAUAUGGCCUUUGCCGCCACACCUCCUUACGAUGGCACCCUUUGCGACUACUACAGGCAUUCUGCGGACUUUUGCUACAAGCUUCCCGAGAAUGUUUCUCUCGAAGAGGGCGCAUUGAUCGAGCCCUUGUCUGUUGGUAUUCAUGCUGCUAGACGAGGCGAAGUCAAGCUGGGCGAUAGAGUGAUUGUAUUUGGUGCUGGUCCUGUGGGUCUCUUAACUGCUGCUGCUGCAAAGGCUGCUGGUGCAUCUCAUAUCACGAUGGCUGACAUUUCAGAAUCGAGAUUGAAGUUUGCUAAAUCUUACAUUGCGGAUGAAACUAUACACAUGACAAGCAAACCUCCCAAGAAUGUAGAUACAAACGAGUUUGCUAAAGCAGAAGCUGGCAAGCUCUUUCAAUCAGGCAUUGCACCUGCUAAUGUGGUGUUUGAUUGCACUGGUGUUGAAGUGUGUGUUCAAAUGUCUGUCUACCUUGUCAAGAAUAAUGGCAAAAUCAUCCUCGUUGGCAUGGGCGCUUCAGUUCAAUCCAUCUCUGUAGCUGAUGUCUCUGCCAGAGAAGUAGAUGUCAGAGGUGUGAUGAGAUACUGCAAUACAUAUCCCACAGCUAUGGAGAUGCUGGCUUCUGGAAAAGUUGAUCUCAAAAGCUUGAUUACCCAUAGAUAUAAGUUUAAAGAGUCCAUCAGGGCCUUUGAGCAUGUUAAAGAAGGCCGCGAAGGCACUAUCAAGGUCGUAAUCACCAACGAAUGA